UCCUGCACUCUCAAUUCCAAAAAUAUUAGCAGAUUGAGAAAUCCCUGUUUUUGAGAAACUUCCAAACACCAUGCCAAGGCAAACUGUUUGUGAUUUAGAGAGAGAGAGAGAGAGAAACAGGAUCUGGAAAGAGUUUUAACCAAUGAGUUGCAGAACCUCACAUUUUUAUUUGCAUACCUGGAUCAGUUUAAGAGUGAACCUCAGUGGACUUUGCUUUACAGUGUGUAUCAUCGUGUUGUAUCUGCACCAUGGUGUGGAGCGUUUUGUGGAUUUCGGCUCGGGUGCUGGUGUUUACGAGCCUCCUGGUGCCAGGCUCAGGGCGCGUCUUGAAUGAGGGAGAAAAAUGUGGAGGCGGCAUUAGGGACACGUGUGAUUCUGGUCUUAUCUGUCAGCCUAUCGAGCGCCAUCCCAUUUUAUUCUUCGCUGAAGGAGUGUGCUCCAGAGGUGUAGGUUGUAACUGUUCUGAGGUCGAGUGCCCACCAUGGCGCCGCUUCUGUCACAGCCGCAUCGUGACCGAUCCGUGUGGGUGUUGUGAACACUGCCCCAAGCGGAAAGGCGAGGUGUGCGGUGGGCCAAGCUGGAGAUAUGGUAACUGUGAUUCAGAUUUGGUUUGCGCCGUCGUUGUGGGGCUCGAACCGGUUACACCUCCACAGUUAGGCGUGUGCAAAGCGGUGCCAAAACAUCUUAAAAAGAUCUUCCCUGUUCAUCUUUGUCCUGUUCAAAACGGUUGCAACGUGCAUGUUGGAACUUGUGAUUGUUAUACAGACCAGGCCUGUGAUGCAUCAUUUUCAUAUAGCACCUAUGAAGCCUGCAAUAAAGUUCUAAUGGCGGACUGGAUGUAUGACCCCGAUGAAAGCAAACCUAUCGAACCUGCACAACCCAUGCCACCGUGUAUGGAGUGGCGAUGUAUAGUUCAGGGCUGCGAGUGUGUGUGCAAGAUGAUGCCGUGUACUUACAUAAAACAACUCUACGAGCCUGAAUGCUGUAAAAUACUGAAGGAAUCUGGGUGUAAUAACACAUCCUGUCCUGAGAUUCCCCCUCCCUCUUGUCCAGCAGACUCCUUCAUCACUCAGCCCCACUCUGAACCUGGGCAGUGUUGCCCUAAUAUCUCUGCUAUGUGCACCUGCGACUUCCAGACCUGCCCUCCAAAACCUGAUUACUGCCCCCUGGGGGAACUUCCUGAAGUUGUCAAGAAGGGCAACGGCCACCCGGGGACCUGCUGUGACCGUUAUGAGUGUGUGAAACAAAAUUUUAAUUAGGAUACACAUCCACACACACACACACACACACACACACACACACCUCUUUGGUUUCAAACCUUUAACCUGUUUUUCCUGCUUAUAAUUAUGUUGUAUUAAAUAGCUUUGCGUUUGCCUUAAUAAAACCUAUUUGGACAAAAAUGAUAGUUUACAAAGUUGUAACAACUGAUUAGAUAAAUAAAUUAGAAAAAAAAUGGUUAAUUUAGUCAUGUAGACAAAUGAUUUAUUACUGCAUGUGUACUUUAACCUUUGUAUCUAUGCUUUACAGCAUCAAAUCAUUUAUUCCAAAAUAUAAAUUCACUAAAAAAAUGC